CGAUAUUUUGAGCUUGUGUGAGGAACUUACACAUGGUCUUUGUAUUUUCUAUGUUAUAUGGAGGUCAACAGACCGGAGCACCAAAAGGAAACAAAGCAAUAAACUGUGGACAGGGGCAGCAAAAUGUAAAUAACAAAACAGUUUACCUUGCUGUCGGACGCUCAGGAAAGGAGUCUGUUGUGCUGCAGUUGAGGCUUCAGCAGAGGCGGACCCGCGAGCAGCUGGUGGAUCAGGGCAUCAUGCCAUCUCUGAAGAGCCCAGCUGCUUUCCAUGGGCAGAUUCGCAGCUUGGAGAGAGCCAGGACGGAGAAUUUCCUCAAGCACAAGAUCCGCAGCCGUCCGGAGAGAGCAGAGCUGAUCAGGAUGCACAUCCUGCAAGAGACCGGAGCAGAGCCAUCACUACAGGCCACCCAGAUGAGACUGAAACGAGCCCGGCUUGCCGACAACUUAAACGAAAUGAUCUCCCAGAGACCCGGCCCCAUGGAGCUGGUGGAGAAAAACAUCCUGCCCGUGGAUUCCAGCGUUAAACAGGCAAUCAUCGGUGAGAGAACAGUGAUGAUAGCCUUCAGAGCAUUUCUGCCUUAAUGGACACUGUCCGAAAGAGGUUGUUACAGAGAAAGGAUGAGAAACACUGUCAAUAAAAAGAGAGAGAACCUUUUUUCCUCAAACUUCCAGAGUCUCU